UUUUAACAUUGAUACUCCAAAUAUAACCAGCCUCAAAUCUAACACUAUAAACUUUGAUAAUUAUGUUUUUUUAUAGCGCUAUUGUAUUCUGUCGGUGUUACAUAAACUUUUCUUUUAAGGAAAAUUGCCAGCGGAAUUUUGUUAACGGAAUUUUUGUUUUGUUCUGGAAAUUCAUCAGGUGAAUUCAAUGAAUAGUUGAUGAUACAAAAUGGACCAUUGUGAGCAGAAGAAAAGGAAGCGGAAUCCAAGGGAGACUGCCAAUGUUUUUUCUUUACUCAGCUUUGCAUACACAGUAAGUUUGUUCAAAAAAGCUUACAAAAACAACGAUCUCGAAGAAGACGACCUCUACGAAGUCCUCAAAGCUUGUAGCUCGGCCAAAUGUGGAGACAAAUUGGAGAGACAAUGGAUAAUCGAAAACAAAGCAAAGAAAGAAAAGAACCCAUCAAUAUAUCGACUCAUGUGGGCCAGGUUUGGGAAGAGAUAUAUAAUGAUAGGGAGUAUACAUUUAUGUUGGAAAAUUUUUAACAGCGUUGUUGACCCAUGGGCACUUAGUAAAUUAGUGUCAUUCUUUAAGCCUGGCCAAACGACAAUUACAAAGAAUGAAGCCUAUUACUAUGCAGCGUUAGUCUUAAUCUUACAUCUAGUUUAUACCAUCUACAUUCACAACUACGUAAUCUGGGUCCAACAACUUGGCGUUGAAGUGAAGACUGCGUUUUCGUCGUUACUGUAUAGAAAGGCUCUUAAGUUAACACCUUCAUCUGUAUCAGAAAUAACGCUAGGAAAUAUAGUGACUCUGAUUACCAAGGAUGUAUAUUCAUUCCAACAAUCUGUGUGGAUUGUGAACGAUUUGUGGAUCGCUAUAGUCCAAACAUGUGUAAUUUGUUUCCUGUUGUAUGCCAAAAUAGGUGUGAUAUCCUUCGUGGGAAUCGGGGUUAUAUUGAGCGUUCUGCCACUUCAAAUUCUUCUUGGAAGAUAUGUAAGCAAACUCAGAUUAUCUGCUGAAAAGAAGACUGAUCAACGAUUACAGACCAUUCAAGAAACUUUAUCAAGCAUUAGGAUCAUAAAAAUGUAUAAAUGGGAAGAGUAUUUUAGAGAGAAAAUUAAUCAGUCCAGAUUAGCAGAAAUAAACCGCAUGCUCCUGGCCUUUUACUUGAAAAUUGUUAUCGUCAUCCUAGGCAUUCUUUUCUCCAAAGUGGGAUUUUAUGUUUUGAUAAUAUCUUGUAUAUGGAUGGGCUAUCCUAUCGAGGCGGAAUUGGUUUUUUACUUACUAUCAAUAUUCAAGGACCUAAAACAUUCGUUGGGUGUUAUUAUACCUUACGGAAUUGGAAGAGGAGCUGAAUUAUAUUCAGCUAUUAUACGGAUCAAUAAAGUUAUUAAAGGUGAAGAGCUACCUCCAAAAAUAGGAUCCGAUGCCCCAACUGCUAGCCCUGUAAUAGAAGUUAAAGAUGCAACGGUCCAUAUUAAAGAUAAAUGCAUCUUAAAAGAUAUUACGUUAAGUAUAAACUCUAGUAGUUUGUUAUUAGUCACAGGUAAAGUGGGAUCGGGUAAAAGCUCGUUGCUAAAAAUGCUUUUACAAGAUUAUCCAGUGACAGACGGACAUCUGUUAACAUUUGGAAGAAUAUCAUACGCAUCACAGGAUCCUUGGCUGUUCCCAUCUUCUAUUAAGCAGAAUAUUUUAUUUGGAGAAAAGUAUAAUGAGACAAGGUAUAAAGAGGUAAUAAAAGUAUGUGCGUUGGAAUACGAUUUAAGUUUAUUUGAAAAAGGAGACGAAACGAUUGUGACCGAUAAAGGAUUAAAUUUAAGUAAAGGACAGCAGGCUAGAGUGAACUUGGCAAGAGCUAUAUACAAAGAAAGCGAAAUAUACUUACUGGAUGACUCUCUAACAGCUCUCGAUGCUCAUGUACAAGAUUACAUUUUUAACGAAUGUGUCAAAUCAUAUCUGAAAGACAAAAUCUGCAUUCUAGUAUCUCAAACAGCUAACCAUAUUCAGGAAGCUGAUGUCGUUAUAAUAAUGAAUGAAGGUCUGAUAAAAUAUAAUGGCAAGCCGACAGAAAAAGUCAUCAAACAAAUAGAAGAAAUAGUAGUUGAAGACGACGACUUAGAAAAAGAAGUACUAGAAGAAAAUGAACCUAAGAUGAACGGAGAUGCCAAACAGAAACAACUUUUUGAGACAGAGCAGAAUAGUGUAAAGUCAAAUGUUUAUAGUGAAGUUAAUAAAAAGGGAGAAGUAGAUUUUGAUGUUUACAAGAAAUAUUUUAAAUUUGGUGGUGGAUUUUUGUUGAUCACUCUUAAUGUGGUUUUGUUUGGAUUGACGCAAGGAACAGAGAGUUACUCAGAUAAAUUGUUAACAAGAUGGGUGGACGAAAAACAAGUCGUUCUGGACAUUCAAAAAAACAUAACUCAACUAAACCUCGCAUCAUCACAACAAACACAAGAAUUGGCUGAAGCAGAGGCAACUGAGAAAUUUACCAUAAGACUUUAUUCUAUAAUGAUAUUAGCUACAACACUUUUAGGUUUACUAAAGUCUUAUACAAUUUUCGAUUUUUGUAGAAGGGCAUCUAUCAACAUACAUAAGGCAAUGGUAACUUGUAUUACUUAUGCUGUUAUGGUGUUUUUUGACACUCAUUUUAUUGGGAAUGUGCUCAAUAGAUUUUCACAGGAUAUGACAAAUAUUGAUGAGCAUAUACUGAACAUAUUUAGUGAAUGUAUAAGGGUAACUUUCGCUGUAGCUGGAAUUGUACUGUUAAUCACCUUUGUAAAUCCCUAUUUUCUCAUUUUUGCUUUGGUGUUUUUCUCGUCAUUGAUUUUCAUCCGGAAAUUAUAUUUACCAGCUGGAAGGAGUUUGAAAAGAUUGGAGGCUGCAACACGAAGCCCAAUGAUUGGACAUCUAAACGCCUCAUUGGAGGGCCUUACUACCAUACGAGCUUAUAAAGCACAGGGAAUUCUCACUAGAGAAUAUGAUAGACAUCAAGAUGUAUUCACAUCUGCUCAUUAUACUGCAUUAUGUUCCAUGAGAGCUUUUGGAUUUAUCAUGGAUUUCCUUUGCUCCAUAUUUAUCAUACUAGUUGUAUUUACUUUCAUAUUUUUUGACACAGGUACCAGUGCAGGAAAUGUUGGUCUUACUCUUACUCAAAUCUUCAUGUUAGCAGGUUUAGUACAAUGGGGUGUACGCACGUGGGCUGACCUAGAAAACUUAAUGACAUCAGUUGAAAGACUUUUAGAAUACACAGAAAUACCUUCGGAACCAAAAGAAGGUUCCGAAGUUGAAAAGUGGCCUAAACAAGGGGCAAUAGUGUACGAAAAUGUGUCGUUGACAUAUAAUAAUUCAGAAACUGUAUUGAAAAACUUAAAUUUCAAAGUAGAACCAAAUGAAAAAAUUGGCAUAUGUGGUAGGACUGGAGCUGGUAAAUCAUCAAUUAUUUCAACGAUAUUUAGGCUUUAUGAACCAGAAGGAAAAAUACUAAUAGACGGCGUGAACAUUCAAACAUUAAGCCUGACCUUCUUAAGAAAAAAACUAGCCAUUAUUCCACAAGAUCCAGUUCUAUUUACAGGAACCGUUCGUUCCAAUCUAGAUCCCAUGGAUGAGUUUAAAGACGAAGAGCUGUGGAAGGUUAUAGAGGAAGUAAACAUGAAAGAACUAGUUCCUAGUUUAGGCGUAAAGAUAACUAACAGUGGUGGUUCUAAUUUCAGUUCUGGUGAAAAACAGUUAAUUUGUUUAGCGAGAGCUAUCUUAAGAAAAACUAAAAUUAUAGUUUUAGACGAAGCCACUGCGAACAUGGAUCAUGAAACUGAUAUUUUGCUACAUAAUACGAUAAAGAAAAAUUUCACGGGUUGCACUUUGCUGACGAUUGCUCACAGGCUGCAUAGUAUUCUAGAAUGUGAUAAAGUGAUGGUUUUAGAUAAAGGACAAAUCAAAGAGUUCGACACACCUAUGAAUCUGUUGACAAACGCGGCGGGUAUCUUCUAUAAGAUGGUCGAACAAGCUGGACUGUUAAAUCAUUUAAAAACUGAAUAGUUUUAUAUUCAAUUUAAAAAGACAAUGAGAAAAUACACGAAUAGCCCAAAGAAAACACGCACAAUUAAAUUUUUUAAUUACUUGCAUUUGUUCCAGACUAAAUAUCGAACCUUUCCAUGCAUUUCCAAUUAUAACAGAGAGUAUUUCUAACUUAACAUAACAUCAGCUAAAUAUUUCAACUUUUGUCGAUACUUAUUUUAAUUUGGUAACUAAUUUAGCCAAGAAAAAGUUUAUAAUGGAAUCGUCAAGAAAGAGCAAGGAAUAUUAUACAAUGACCAAUAAAAAUUUUACAAUAAAAUAAACCAAUGAAGUGGAUUUACUGUACGUCGGCGUUGUCUAAACCGUGUAAAACAUGCAAACGUUUUUACAUACUGUACUUUAAUAGUAAUUUCGAUGCUCGGAGCAAAAAAUGAUAAAUGAUUGCUCGAGAAUGAUAGUUACAAUACUGUAAUUACCAGGAAGCAAUAAUUUCACUUUUUGUUCAAAAUAUACACAUUAUUUAUACAAUCACUUAAUAACAUGAAACUAUAUCUAAUUUAAGUUGUAUAUAACUAUUUAUAAUACAUAAAUAGAGCUUAAGACGAAAAUAGAAUAUGCAUGCAUGAAAAAGUAAGUUAAAAUGCGAAGCAAAAAAUAUUCUGACAAUUUAUUAGACAAAAUUCUUCUUCUUCUAGUUCCUAUCCGUUUCGGAUGUUGGAAAUCAUAUUGGCAAUCAUAACCUUGCUCGCUGCGGCUCGAAACAGCUCCGUUGAGGUUUUCUUAAACCAUGUUCUUAAAUUCCGCAGCCAUGAUAUUCUCCUUCUACCGCGUCCUCGCUUACCUUUGACUUUACCUUGCAAUAUAGACUGUAGCAGGGAGUAACGGUGCUGAUUUCUCAUAGCGUGUCUCAGAUAUUGCAAUUUUAUGCGUUUGAUCGUAAACACAAUCUCUGGUUCCUUCUUCAUUUUUCCUAGAACUUUCUUGUUCGUGAUCCUUGCUGUCCAUGAUAUUCUCAGCAUUCUUCUAUAAAGCCACAUCUCAAAUGCUUCAAGUUUUUUAAUAGUGGCGUCUGUAAGCGUCCAUGCCUCCGCCCCGUACAACAACACAGAGAAAACAUAGCAUCUCAAAUGUCUCAUUUUUGUAUCAAGGGAUAUGUUGUGACUUUUGAAGAUGGCGCUCAUUUUGUUAAAGACCGUUCUUGCCUUUCCUAUGCGGCACUUUAUUUCCUGUAAAUUGCUCCACUGUUCGUUAAUAAUAGUUUCCAGGUAACAAUACUGUUUUACUCGCUCUAUCUGCGUCCCAUUAAUGUAUAUAUGAGCCCCAUUUAUAUUCUCCUUGCUGAUAAUCAUUUGUUUCGUUUUGUGGGUAUUAAUGUUUAGUCCGUACUGUUGACUGUACUCGUUUAUUCUGUCCAUUAGCCUCUGAAGUCCCUCUAAACUAUCUGCUAUCACCAUGGUGUCGUCGGCAUAUCUAACAUUGUUUACUCUUUCACCAUUUAGAAGGAUGCCUUCGUCUAUUCCGUAAAGAGCCUCGUUAAAAAUUUUUUCUGAGUACAUAUUAAAUAUCAACGGCGAUAGGAUACAUCCCUGUCUAACUCCACGUAAUAUUUUUAUGUGAUCUGUUUCUUCUCCGUUAAUUUUCGAGUAUGCGGUCUGAUUCCAGUAGAGUUCUGAAAUUAUUCUGAGGUCUUUGUCAUCCAGGUCUGCCUGUUUUAAAAUGUUUAUCAUCUUUUGAUGUUGAACUCUGUCAAAUGCCUUUUCGUAGUCGAUCAAGCACGCGUAUACGUCGCAGUUAACGUCCCUGCAUCUUUAAAUCAGUACCUGUACUCCAAAAAGUGCCUCUCUGGUACCCACUGCGUUAAUGAAGCCGAACUGUCUGUCCGAUAUUUGUUCCCCGCACUUCUUAUAAAUUCUUCCAUGGAUGACUCUAAGAAACAGUUUCAACAUGUGGCUCAUUAGGCUGAUUGGUCGAUAUUCUUCGCACUUUUUAGCCCCCUGUUUUUUAGGUAUCGCUAUGAAUUCCAAAUUAUUCCUUCUUCCUCCAAGAGUUUUAAAAAUUCAGCUUCGAUAUUAUCAGGCCCUACAGCUUUCCUGCUUUUCAUCCGUUUUAUUGCUUCUUCUACCUCGGAUUUAAGUAUGUCCGGGCCCGUGAUCCUCUCUGAAAAUGGAUGCCUAUAAUCCGUUCUUUGGUCUGGAAAAAGUGUCUCCAAAUAUAUUCUCCAUCUGUCUUUCAUCUCUUGGGUAUCAAUGAAUAAUUUUCCAUUGGUGUCUAUGAGUUUCAUUUGUAUUCGCUACAGUACUGUUAGACAAAAUAGUUGAUAUGAAAUAAAAUCAGUUGAGCUAACAGAGUCACUUCUCAGGUUUCCACUAAUUCCUCGGCAUGUUCUCUGAGGUUGGAGCUGCGGACAAUCGACUAUCAGAUGCUUCACGGUGAGUUGAGUAGAGCAGUAGAUACAAAUCGAAUCUGGGUUUUUAUUUAGAAGGUGUUGGUGUGUUAGUAUUGUGUGGCCGAUUUAAAGACGAUUUACGAUUACUUGAUCUCUUCUUUUUCCUUGUUGUGGUAGGCUGGCGUCUACUCGUGGCUUUAUUGUUUUCAACUUAAGAGUCUGUUGCAUCCCAGGUUGCUUGCCAUAAAUUUAUUAUAUGAUUCAUGGACUGUCGUUUAUGGUCGGUGUGGUAAUAUUUAGUAAUGUCUGGAACAUUUUCAUUUCUAAUGGAUUUUAAUGCCAAUUGAUCACCUUCCUCGUUGCCUUUAAUGCCAAAGGUAUUAAGCUUAAAUAUAUCCUUUUUAUUUAUAUGGUGUAGUGCAUUAAGUUCAUUUUUUAUAUUUUGUGUAAUAGGAUCGCUAGAGUAAAGUUGAUUAAUGCCAUGAAUUGCGCUGUGUGAAUCUGUGAUGAUUAAAAUAUUAUUUUCAGACGUUGAAGAGGAGUUUUUGAUAGCUUCUAAUAUUGUUGUGGUAUCCCCGGUGUAAAUGCUGCAGUGCUGUGGAAUUCUAAUGGCAUAUUUGUACCUAAUUGUUAUUUGUGAAGGCUGCGGCAUUUCCAUUUUCAGUGUUUGAUGCAUCCGUGUAUAUUAUGUGGUGAUUUGGAUACUUCUCCAUAAUUUCUUUGAAUGCAUUAAUGAUAAGGUUAGGAUUUGUGGUAUUUUUUGGGUAGUGUCGAAGUUAAAUCGGUGAUACACAGUAUAUUAUAAUCUUGUUUAAAGUAUAAAAGGUUCUAAAAUCUAAUCAAAAGAACAUCUCUUUAAAUUUUUUAGUAACUUCAAAUGAUUAUGUUUACUUUUAAGGCUCUUUUAUCAUUGUUUGCAGUAAAUAGUUAACUUUGGCAAACUUUUUAGCAUUUAGUUCUGUUUGACUUGAGAAUUAUAAAUAAAUCGUUCUUUUUGUUUGUAAUCAGGUUUAUUAAAACCUACAUAACACAAUUGAACUAACAAUAACUACGAAUAAAAUAAAAAAAAAUAGUAGCAAUAUUUAGGUCGCAUUGUUCAUCUAAUUUUCCUCUUCAGUGAUAUUGUCGUUCUCUUCUUCCAUGUCAUCUUCCAAUUCACUUUGUUGAAGUUUAUUGUAAAAUUGAUGGUGGCAUGGUGAUACGAAUUACAAAAGUGAUCUAAUAUCAUUAAGAUUUUCUUGACUUAAUUUUCGUCCUUCAGAGUAAAGAAUUCUUACGUUUACAGAAGCUAGAUUUACAGGUUGGUCUUUCAAUCUCUUAUUUAGAUUUACUGAAUAAAAUUGUCUUUCUUUGUUGUAUGUGUAUUUAAAUUCCAUAACUCGUAGAUUGGCUUGAGUAAAUUUCAUUUGUUUUAUUUUUAACCAUUCUACUUUUUGUUAAUCUGAGUCUUUUUUGCGAUUUACUAGAUUUUGUUUUAAUGCAUCCAUACACUUGAAAUCCUCUUUUUUCUUGCGUACUACUUUAAAUAUGUUUUUUUUAACUUUUGGGUUUAAAAUUAUGUUAUGCCAUUGUGUAGGCACAUAAAUUUCAGGAUGAUAUUUUAACUUUUUUUCUAUAUCACCAAAAUCGCUAUCGUUUUAAAGAUAUGAAUGUUUUGGCACAGAAAACCUAUGAACUACUUCUUUUAGGUUUAAAUUAGGUCACUGCAAUAUGUACAUCCAUAAAGCGAGUCGGACCAAGCAAUCAAUAUGUCCUUAUGGGUAUUUAUGAAUUUUAAAAUACAUGAUCCCAUUUCCUGGGAACCCCGUGAGGCUGUGGUCACAUCCCAAACAUACAUUAUCCCGACAUCAUUUUCAAAAAAAUGCUGCCAAAAUGCUACAAGAUUGUAGCAUGAAAGAUGCCUCUUACAUAGAAGAAGCAUUACUUUUUAAAGAUCAAAACUAAUUACUGUAGCUUUCCUUUCUUUACUAAUCUUUACGUCUUCAUUUAGUUCUGAGCGGGCUAGUUUAGUUUCUUAGCCUUUAACAUUGCUUCAAUUUUGAUUAACCCAGCUGCCUUUAUUUUAAUGUUUAACCUGUCACAUGAUUGACAGGUAUCUUUUAGUGAAGGUUUAAUACUAAGAUUAAAAUCACGUCUGAACACUUUUUCAUAAAGCGAUUGGCUUGGAGUUUUGUCGACAUUUUUCUCUCUUAAACUAUCAACAGUGACAGUCUGGACAUUAGUGACGAAUUUUAAUUACAAUUAGUUAUGAGUCACUUUUUUCCCUCUAAGAUCACUUAAAUUUCCACUUAUUUCUUAAGCAAAACGAGACGUACUCUACUACUAUCGAUUUUCAAUAUUCCCAUAAACAUUUUUGUGCAUACUUAUCUUCGUUUUCAGAAGGAAUAUAGAAUUCAAGAUUUCUUUUUUUUUAAAUAACAAUGUUUUUGCGACGUCUUAUUAUCGUUCCAAAUUUUAUACCAUCACUUAUUAUGCUUGUUUGAGUUUCCCAAGACUGUGACUCGUUAUAAAAUAAAUUAAAAACUUUCUUUUUGCUGUGCUUUGCAAUUGCAGGAAUAGUCAUUAAAAGAUUUAGAGUAUAUGACAGUACCUGAAGAAUUUUAAAUAUUAUGUGAUUUUAAUUUUUUUACAAUUCCAAUACAAAAAUGUUGGGAUAUAUUGCUUCAUUCUAAUAUAGAUAGGUAAAAACCAUGUUCGUGGGUUGGUACAAUUGCUAAUAUUUCACUAGCGCUCCCAGCGAACACUGAAUACAUUUUCACAUGAUUCACUUUGGUAAAAGAAACAUUCCAAAACAUAACCAUACUUUUAUAAUGAAGUUUUAUGUUAAUAAAUAUUAUUAUCUUACCUGAUUCUGUAAUAUUCGAAUCAGAACUUGGAUGGUAAUUAUCUGAAGAACAACUACUAAAAUCAGCGAGUUCAUCGUCACAAGAAUUUCUAUCAGCAAUGUUAUGACAAUGUGAACUAUGUGCACAGGACCCAUCUUGGACUGGAUAACGGUCCACUGUGGCAUAUGACAACCAGUACUAUUAUCCUUGUGCUAGCAAAAUCUAUUAGUUUCCAGCUAAUGUUUUGUUUUAUUUACAUAGUUCAUUUUGGCAUAAGUUUAGAACAAAAGUGUGCCUCAUAAUGGCAACGAAAAAGUAAAAACGAAGAAAAUGUACAUAGUUCACUCUGGCAUGAGACCAUCCAUAUACAAAGUAGACCGAUUGAUGAACAAACCGAGAAGGGGAAUCUACAAUUUGCAUGUCACAACUAUUUGUACUCAUAGUUGGAUCGACAGAUAGCAGAAUUUCAAAGUGAUAAUAAAACUAGAUUAAAAACAGAUUUUCUAAAAUAUUUCUUUAAAAAUGAAAUGACUAUUACAAAUAAUAUGAUCACAUUGGACGAUGAAAUUGUUGUGAAAUGUAAUAUUUUUCAAAACAUAUUUAGGUUCGGUAUUAUAAAGCAAUGGGACAAUAGAUAUAUUUGCAUUCAAUAGAGUUCAUCAUAAUCAUUAAUCCUGGAGCUUAAAACCGUACUGGGUUUUGGUAUUUUCCACAAUUUGUCCACAUCUUCUCCUUCCCAGAACUCACCACCAAGUGACUUGCAUCACUCUCAAAUCUACUGCGUCCAGCAGCUAUUGUCGCCCUUCAUCUAAUAGAGGAGUAUACUACUUGGGAAGAUUGGUGAAAGAAGAACGGACCUUGCAUAAAAUUAUUAUAACUCUUAUUUUGAUCUUUAAAUAUUGUUAAUCAUUAUAGGGCGGACCUAAUCGUCCCCUACGUGUUCAAACUAUUGUCAAGUCUAUUAUUGUCGUUCAAUAAGAACGAGUAACUUAAAGUAAUUUUGUCUUAUAAGCAAAAAUGUUUCUUUGUUAAGUGAUUGUAGAAAACCUAAUAUAUUUAAAGAUUUUUGUAUAUAAAAGAUUUACUAAUAAAUAUUUAUUUUUUAUCUACUGCAAAAAUAA